GCUUGUCUGGCCGCGGCGUGUCUUCCUGUCUUUCACCUUCACCCACUUCUGAAGCGAUGAGAUACGUUGUAAGUUUCGCAGCGAUAUACCGAUACCAGCAUCCGGAGGAAGAUCCCGCGACCCCUCGGAACAUCAUUUACCCAGAGAUGCUCUAGAGACAUGAUUGCAACCUUUGUUCACCUCGACACUUUCUGACGACACAUCACACAUACAAUCUCCUAGGCUUCUCUCGGCCAGAAUGUCAUCUCUCGCCGUAUUGGACGACUAUGCUGGCAUAGCGCCCAAGUACUUCAAGCACAUCCACAAUCUCAAAGUUGACAGCUUCCCCGACACUAUCCCACCUACCAAUGCAGACAACAUCAAAGCUCUGGCUGCUCGUCUCGCAGAGUAUCCUAUCAUCAGCUCCAUGCGCGAACGCACUCCGUUCAACAAAGAACUCCUCGCUGCACUGCCCAAUCUCAAGCUUCUGAUCACUACUGCCAAACGUAACCGUAGCAUUGAUAUGGCUGCCGCACGAGAGCUUGGUAUCGUAGUUGCUACUGCUCCCGGCACUCGCAACAUCACUCAUCCAGAGCUUCCUCCACUAGUGGCCCCCUCACCCGAGUAUGAUGCAACUACCCAGCAUUGCUUUGCCCUCAUCCUUGCUCUUGCUUCGCGUAUACCGAUGGAAGACGCUGCACUACGCUCUGGGGGUCCUUUCCAGACCGGUCUUGGCUUUACUCUGUCCAACAAAUCAUUCGGAGCUAUUGGUCUUGGUAGAUUAGGUACUAAUGCUGCUCGGACAGCAAUUCUGGGUUUUGGAAUGACUGUCGUAUCUUGGAGUGCGAAUCUGACACAAGAGAAAGCCGAUGAUGCAGCUCAGAAUGCAGGUCUACCUAAAGGGUCAAUCAAAGCCGUGAGCAAGGAAGAAUUACUCAAGACGGCAGAUGUCGUCAGUAUGCACUAUGUGCUUUCGGAUCGUAGCAGGGGAACGAUUGGCGCAGCCGAGAUUGCUAUGAUGAAAAAGAACGCGAUAUUGGUCAACACUUCUCGUGGCCUCCUGAUCAACGAGAAAGCUCUGCUUGAUGCACUCAAUCGAGGUGCCAUCAGAGGUGCAGCUCUAGACGUGUUCGAUGUUGAGCCUCUUCCCCUGGAAAGUCUAUGGCGUACCACUGCUUGGGGACAAGAUGGCCGAUCCCUUGUUGUUCUCUCGCCACACAUGGGUUACGUCAACGAUGAGACAAUGCAGAAGUUUUAUGCGGAGCAGGCGGAUACUGUACAGCGCUAUCUGACAGAAGGCAUCGAAGCGGUGCCAGAUGUUCUGAAUUGAAUAGAAAAGACAUCAAGCAAAAGUCCACAGGCGCUCUAGGACUCCUA